AUGCGAUGGAAGUGCUUGUUCCUGCAAGUACGCCCAUCGGUCUACUGGUGGGUCAUCAUUUCCAUUCUGAAGGGGUUGUUUCUCUCCCUCACGACCGUGAUUUUCGAUUCGCCUAUGGCGCAGACAGUCUAUCUUGGCACAGGUCUACUCGUGUACUUCCUGGCCGUGUUCUGGUUCCUGCCCUGGCGUACGUCCACGCUGCUUUGCCUCGACGUAUUGCUCCACUACGUGUUGGCAGUCCUUUGCCUCCUCAUGCCCUUUUUCGUGCCGGCCUCGGCGACAGAACUUCAGGAUGUGGCGCUUCUGUUCCUGCUGGUGAGCUUCAUUGGUGCCAUCUACGCCUGCGGCUGUGUGCUUGGCGUCCUGCGUACGCAGUCACCCAAUGCCCAAAGGGCAUGGAGGCUGACCUACGAGAAGGACGCGCGGAAGUUCGUGCAGGUCUUCCAGGUGAUGAACGAUGAGAAGGUCAUGAAGGAUGUCUUAGACGGACUUGGAGACGUAGACCUCUCGACGUCCAUCUCUGUGAUGAAGCUCCUCAGUGUGGAGCUUCUGGGCAACCGCGAGACAGGCCGACUGAUCUGGAGGAGUCGACGUGAUGACCAGCCCGUGUAUCCCAAGGCAGUGUGUGUCAGGGCUAAGGUCACCAUGCAGAUGGUGCAUGAUCGGGGUCUUGUGGUCAUCAUGGGCAAGGCAGAGCUCGCUGCCUACAAUCUGAAGGAUUAUGUGGCUAAGCAUCCUGGUGGAUCUGACAUCCUCCUUGGCAUGUUUGGGCCAGGCUUAUCUGUCAGAAUUUUUGAGGUCGAGUUCGAGACCAUGCGCCAUUCACCGGUGAGCCACCUCUUUGUGGGUGCCGUGGACAGUCAUGCAGAUGCAGAGGACAUCGCAGACCAUGCCAAUGGCAGGAAAAGGCUGUCCUUGACAGGUGGACGACAGCACUCGCGGGCCAACAUGCAAGAAAACAGUUGGUGGGAUGUCGGCGAGCGAGGCUUCUUGCCAACGCUGGAUCCCAUAAAACAGCUGCCCGCGCCGUGGGAUCAGCUGAUCUCCUUCUGUGAACUACUUCCUGGCUUGAAUGCUCAGAUGCAGUUCCGGCGCAUGGCGCGAACGAUGCUGCAGCUUCCCGAGACCGAAGAGGAUUUGGUGCGUUCCUUGGAGAUGCUUUCCGAGGGGGAAUUGGAGUGUUUGCAUUCAGUCCUCGGCUACAUUUGCCUCGCCUUUGUUCACGCCCCUGUGCAUGUCUAUGAGAACAACACUGUGUUAUGUGACCUCCUCGGCAAGGAUGAAACUUUGACCGAGCUGCCGGAUUGGCUGGGACUUCCCUGGCUGAAGGAAACAGAGCUCUUUGAGCACAUCCUGAUUGGGCUUUCCCUGGUGCUGUUUCAGCUCCUGUCUCCAAGAGGCGGCUCCAUCCAGGUUUGUUCUUUCCGUAUACGCUUCCAAGAAGUGUUUCGACAGUCACCGAAGGCAGCUCAACACUUCCCAUCCUGA